CGGCUUCGAGUUUUGUUUUGGCUUUGCUCGUUCAAAUGUCGGCACCGACCGAUCAGUCUUUGGGACGCGCGUUCAGCGUUCAGAUCGCGGGUCGAGAACUUCGGAAAGAAUUCCAGAAACUGAAACUGACGCACAGAUUUCAACGAUAAGAGUGCACGGCACGCGAAACUGGACAACAAAAUUAGACAUUGGGCAGUGCCACGGCGUCAGUUGUUUUACGGACAUUGACGUGAACGGAACAUCCAAUAAAACAUACAUGCUGAUCUGGAAUAUGGAAAGACGUUGCAAUCUAAUCGCUCUGCUGAGUCUCUGCCUGUGUCUUGGCCUGGUUGAGUCACGCACGAGCCUUAAUGGCCUGUCUGUUACCAAAUUUGUGUCGCUUCAAGGCAGCACAUCGCACGUUGAGGGAUUGCUGGGGACUACCCGACCCAGCUCAGACACCUAUAAGACGGUCAGAAAUGCCUUCAUGAACUAUGAGGGAUCCAGAGCAUUGGGCAGCGAUCUGGAGUUGACCUCACGAGAGCUGCAGGCCAAUGAGACCAUCAUGAAGGCCAAAUUAACCGAAAUCUCGGAGGGAGAAAUCACGCCGCAUCUCUUCAAGCCGUCCCAGCAUAUAUUUAAUGUGCUGGAUGCCAUCAAUAAAACGGAGCUCUUCCAGAUAGUGAAGCGUAUGCCCAAGGGAGCAGUCCUACAUGCCCAUGACACGGCUCUCUGCAGUACCGAAGCCAUCAUCGAGCUGACAUAUCAUGAUCAUCUCUGGGUUUGCCAGCAACCUGGAGACCUCAGUGCCUCAGCUCUGCGUUUCUCCAAGGAGAAGCCAGCUGCUUUGACGGAGCCAAACUGCGAUUGGAGUUUGCUCUCCGAUGUGCGUCAGAAAUAUGGUGUUGACAAGGUGGAUAAAUAUCUAUCCGAACGCCUGACCCUCUAUCCCACGACGGACUUUCAAGAUAUCAACGAUGCCUGGUCGACAUUUAUGGAAAUUUUUGGACUCCUCGAUGGAUUGCUGAUGUAUGCGCCAGUUUGGGGAGAAUACUACUACAAAGCGCUGCAAGAAUUUCUAGCCGAUGGUGUACAAUAUCUGGAAUUCCGCAGCCUGCUGCCCACGCUAUAUGAUUUGGACGGCACUGUCUACACUCCGUUGGACACUGUUCGCAUCUAUGUGGAGACACUGCAAAGAUUCAAGGAUCAGCCUGAACACAAGGAUUUUAUUGGAUCGCGCAUGAUCUAUGCUCCACUGCGCAACACAAGUCCCGAAGGCGUCUUGGGUUACAUUGAAACACUUAAGCAGAUUAAGGCGAAGUAUCCGGAUUUCUUGGCUGGCUUCGAUUUGGUGGGUCAGGAGGAUCUGGGCAAACCGCUUAGCGACUUUAUUGAUCAACUGCUUGAGGUACCAGACGACAUCGAUUUUUAUUUUCAUGCGGGAGAGACAAACUGGUUUGGUGCCACAGUCGAUGAGAAUCUCGUUGAUGCUUUGUUGCUGGGCACCAAGCGUAUUGGCCAUGGUUUUGGCCUGGUUAAGCAUCCUGUGGUGCUCGACAUGGUUAAGAAGCUGAAUGUGGCCAUUGAAGUCAGUCCAGUGUCCAAUCAGGUGCUGAAAUUGGUCAGCGAUUUCCGGAAUCAUCCCUGCUCUCAGUUCUUUGCCGAUGGUUAUCCGGUUGUCAUCUCAUCCGAUGAUCCAUCAUUCUGGAAAGCCACGCCUCUGUCCCACGACUUUUACAUUGCUUUCCUGGGCAUCGCAUCGCAACAUUCGGAUCUGCGACUAUUGAAGAAACUUGCACUUAAUUCAAUUAACUACAGUUCACUCAGCGCCGACCAAAAGAACGAGGCACUCGCCAAAUGGCAGGUCAAGUGGGAUGAGUUCCUGGAUUAUGUGAACAAAGUGCCGCCAAAUGGAGCGGCAUCCAGUCAUAACCUCGAUUGACUAGCACGGGUGGUGGCAGCUCUCCUGGUCGCGUUCUCCCUCCUCAACGCCUCCCUGUAGUGCUAGUCGGUCCGCCUCUUUCAUCAUUAAUCCUACCUAGCUAAUAUCUGUGUAUUAUGCUCUAACAUCAAAGCAGAUCCCUCUGUUCGUCUGCAUUUUCAUCCGUAUCCAUAUUGUUGUAGGCUAAUUAAUAACUGAUUAGUUUUUAUCGUUUAUCUAUUGCAUUAGGUUCAAUUUCAUACUCGACACACUCACACACACACACACACUCUGUUUCACGAUUAUCCCAUUCUAUGUACAUAAGAGAUUUUACAAUUUAAAUAGUUAAUCGAUAUUUGUAUGAUGAGAAAUGAACAGCAUUUGUACUAAAAUCUAAUUGAAUAAAGAGCUCGGCUUACUCCUUA